GAGGAGAAGGGUUACGGGGAAGGGGGAAGAGGUGCAGCGCCCUCCUCCCCGGCGGCAGUGGGAGGAAGGGGCCGGGCUGCGCAUCCACCUGGCGGCACCUGCCCCUUCCCCGCCGCUCCCCUCGCCGGCUAAACUCCUCCCUGGCGGCCGCAGCGGCUGCUCCCGGCUCGGUGAGCCGCGUUCCAUCCCGUCCCAUCCCGCUCCCGGCUCCGCUCCAGAGGACAAGGAACAAAAAUAUCUUCCUGCGACUUGGUACUUGUCCUCUAAGUCUGGGCAGAAUUACACUUCCUGACUUGGUUGUGAAGAGGUUGGUAAGAAUGGAUGCGACAUAAAGCAGAAGUCCUGAAGCCUUAGUCAUCAAUCUGAUGGACUUACUAUUUGGCACUUUUCCAAGGGAAUAUCCAACAAGAAAGGCGGAUAAAGCUUCGGGUUGUGAUUGUUUUCUGUUUUUUAGUAUAUAGGUUCAUGCUUUAUUUCCUAAUACUUGAAAAUUUUUGGUAUUGCUGACAAAGGAAAGAUGACCUCUAUUGCAAGUGCACCGCCAUACUAUGAAAAUCAUGGCUUUCAGCCAGAAAACAUCUAUGCCGCCAGGCAGCCAGUAGGUGCUAACCCAUAUCCGUCCUUCUCAACAAGUGUUCCAUCAGUGCCAAGCUAUGUCCCAAGUGUUGUUACCCAUCAGUCAAGCAGGCCAGUUGCACGUUCAUCUGGGACAACAUGUGCAUCAAAUGUAAAGAAAAUCAUAAUCAUCAUAUUAUCCAUUUUACUAGUCAUUUGUUGUGCAAUUGCUGCUUUCUUCAUCUGGUAUUUUGUAGAGAAUCGCUGUCUUGGCUCCUUAAUAGAGUGUGGAUCUUCAGGAGUGUGCAUGCCACCCUCGAAGUGGUGUGAUGGAGUGAGCCACUGCCCCAAAGGGGAGGAUGAAACCCGGUGUGUUAGACUAUUUGGACCAGACUUUAUCCUGCAAGUUUAUUCACCUGUCAGCAAGUCCUGGUAUCCUGUUUGUCAAGAUGACUGGAAUGACAAUUAUGGGAAGAUUGCAUGUAAAGAUAUGGGCUACAAUGUAGAUACGUAUUACUACAGUCAAGGAGUAACAACUGAAGGCAGCUUUAAAAGCUACAUGAAGCUGAACACAAGUGCUGGGGAUAUAGACCUGUACAAAAAGCUGUAUAGCAGUGAUUCUUGUGCAUCAGGAAAAGUGGUUUCUCUGCGCUGCAUAGACUGUGGCCUAUCUUCUAGAAACCUAAACAUUAUGAGCAGAAUCGUGGGUGGCAGCGAGGCAGUGCUGGGGCAGUGGCCAUGGCAGGUCAGCCUCCAUGUACAGGGCAUCCAUGUCUGCGGGGGCUCCAUCAUCACCCGGCAGUGGAUAGUGACGGCGGCACACUGUGUGGAAGGACGAUUUUCGGACCCAUACAGCUGGAGAGUUUAUGCUGGGAUUUUGAACCAGAAUGAAAUGUUUUUACGAGAUGGGUACAGAGUGCAGCAGAUAAUUUCCCAUCCAGAUUAUGAUACAGAUUCUAAAGACAAUGACAUUGCCCUAAUGAAAUUAGAGACACCACUGACUUUUACGGAUACUAUACGGCCAGUUUGUCUGCCUAAUCCAGGGAUGAUGUUCCAACUUAAUCAGCAGUGCUGGAUAUCUGGGUGGGGAGCAGAGUACCAAGGAGGUAAAACAUCGAAUAACUUGAAUUACGUUAUGGUGCCAUUAAUAGAACGUUCUAGAUGUAAUUCUGUCUAUGUCUACAAUGGCAUGAUUUUGCCUACAAUGAUCUGUGCUGGGUAUCUAGGAGGAGGAAUUGAUUCCUGUCAGGGUGACAGUGGAGGUCCUUUGGUAACUAACAAAAACUCCGUGUGGUGGCUGGUUGGAGAUACCAGCUGGGGAACUGGCUGUGCUAGUCCCAAUAGACCUGGUGUGUAUGGGAAUAUGACUGUGUUUACAGAUUGGAUUUAUAAAAACAUGCAGGCAAACAGAUGACAACACUGUCUGUCUCUGCUGAUUGAUGUUUCUGAGAACAAGAAUACAUGAAGCCAUUGGUGCCUGGGAUAUUUAUUCACUUUGCAAUUUUUUUUUUUUUUUCUCUUUGAGUUUUCUUUUUAAAAACAACAUGAAGGAUUGCACACUCGGUUCUGUGCUGGCUACAGUGACUGAUCUUAAUCAGUGAAGGAUUAUCACAAUGAGCACCUUUCUUGUGGUGUUGGCUGGCAGAAAGUUUUUCUGUCAAUUGCUUGCUGAAAUGUCUCUGUUUAGUUGAGUAACUUUCACUUGAUAAUCAGGUGCAGGCUUAUAGUGGCAAUUUUAAUCAAAAUUUAACUUAAGAUUUUUGUAGUAGGAUGCUGAGACAAUCGGUUUAGUAGUGUUUUAAAUUUAAUGUUGAGUAACUGGAGUGUUGAAUCUCUGAGCUGCUGGCUGGCAAUUUAAAAAGAAGUGAAUGGUUUUUAGUAUAUAUGAAGGGAAGCUUUAAUGCACUACAGUAGAGGCAGAGGAAAAAGAUACUGUAUAUUCAAGUAGUUAAAUACCCUCAGGAUCUCAACACAGCAGUCAUCCAAGUCAGAUUGCUUGAAGUGAAACCGGUCAGUAAUUAAGUGCCAUUCUGCCUUAAGCUGCCCUAAAUCCAAAAAGGGCAAGACCUGCCAUCACUGAAUGCGGGCUACAGAGAGGGAUGCUCUGGAGCUUUAGCAGGAAGCAGUGAGUGGAGUGUCCUGAUGGUGAUGUUCCUGGCUGUGGACAUCAACUUUGACUUUUGAACUCUCCCUGCUGUGAAAGGCACAGGGCAAAGCUUUUCAGUGAGGCUGUGUUGCAAGCAAUAGACCUCCAAUUGCAGAUGCAUGUACAGAGAAUGGAUGUUUUAUACAAAGAAACCCAAAUCUGCAUUUCUGCCUAACCAGGUGAACUACCUCGUUUAUUAAAUUUGGCUUUUAAUUUCUUAGAGCUCUCCUUUAUGUAUCUGCUUGUAUGCUUUUAGCAAAAUGUAAUUAAUAACAGAGUGCCACCUCAACUAGGAUUUUGAAAAUAAUUUUUAUAAUCAUAGUACAGAGGAUCAAAAAGCCAUACCAAGUCACUUUCGUUAAGAAGGAUAAAUCUUUUGAAUGAAAUGACUCUACUAGUCUUGUUUUCUCUUUUGGUACUGAAAUGCAAUUAUCUUGCAUAUAAACAUUACAUCAAAUAAAUUU